UGCGUUCAUGCAUGCCUGCACGAGGCAACCGGGGAACCAGCGGGGAAGGCGUGCACGCGGGCGCCUGCCCUCCUCUCCGGCCCCAGCCGCCGGGAGCUCCGACGCUGUUUCUGUUCUCUCCCCAGCAGGAUGCGGGAGGGCCCCGGGCCGGAGGAGUCGGAGCCGGGCUCCGAGGCGCCGUGCGCGGGCUCCUGCCACGCGCAGCGCGUCCUGCAGACCCUCAACGCUUACCGGCGGAGCGGCACCCUCACCGACGUGGUGCUGCGCGCCGGCGGCCGCGACUUCCCGUGCCACCGCGCCGCGCUCAGCGCGGGCAGCGCCUACUUCCGCAGCCUGUUCGCGGCCGGCCGGCCAGAGCGCGGCCCGGCCCUGGGGCCCGCGGUGCCCGUGGUGCCGGUGGCGCCCGAUGCGCCCGGCGCGGGCCCUGCCGGGGCGGCGGCGGCGCUGGCCGUGGUGCUCGACUACGUGUACGGCGCGGGCGUGCGGCUGCGCGCCGAGGACGAGGCGGCCGCCGUGCUGGCGCUGGCCGAGCGGCUGGGCGUGGCGGGCCUGCGCGAGGCCUGCGCGCGCUUCCUCGAGGGCCGCCUGCGCGCCGCCAACAGCCUGGCGCUGCGCCGCGUGGCCGCCGCCUUCUCGCUCACGUCGCUGGCCGAGCGCUGCGGCCGCGUGCUGCGCCAGGCCUUCGCCGAGGUGGCGCGCCACGCGGACUUCCUGGAGCUGGGGCCCGACGAGGUGGCGGCGCUGCUGGCCGACCCGGCGCUGGGCGUGGCGCGCGAGGAGGCCGUGUUCGAGGCGGCCAUGCGCUGGGUGCGCCACGACGCGCCGGGCCGCCGCGGGCAGCUGCGGCGCCUGCUGGAGCACGUGCGCCUGCCGCUGCUGGCGCCCGCCUACUUCCUGGAGAAGGUGGAGGCGGACGAACUGCUGCAGGCCUGCGGCGAGUGCCGCCCGCUGCUGCUCGAGGCACGCGCCUGCUUCAUCCUGGGCCGCGAGGCCGGCGCGCUGCGGGCCCGGCCGCGGAGAUUCAUGGACCUAGCUGAGGUGAUCGUGGUCAUCGGCGGUUGCGACCGCAAGGGGCUCCUGAAGCUGCCCUUCGCCGACGCCUACCACCCAGAAAGCAGGCGCUGGACCCCACUGCCCAGCCUGCCCGGCUACACGCGCUCGGAGUUCGCCGCCUGUGCUCUCCGCAAUGACAUCUAUGUCUCCGGAGGCCACAUCAACAGCCGUGAUGUGUGGAUGUUUAGCUCCCAUCUACACACCUGGAUCAAGGUGGCCUCGCUGCACAAGGGCAGGUGGAGGCACAAGAUGGCAGUCCUGCAGGGCCAGCUGUUCGCGGUGGGCGGCUUCGACGGCCUGCGGCGCCUGCGCAGCGUGGAGCGCUACGACCCGUUCUCCAACACCUGGGCGGCCGCGGCGCCCCUCCCGGAGGCCGUGAGCUCGGCCGCGGUGGCGCCCUGCGCCGGCCAGCUCUACGUGAUCGGGGGCGCGGGGCAGGACGGCGUCAGCACGGACAAGGUGCAGUGCUUUGACCCCAAGGAGGACCGGUGGAGCCUGCGGGCCCCAGCGCCCUUCUCUCAGCGGUGUCUUGAGGCUGUCUCCAUCGAGGACACCAUCUAUGUGGUGGGGGGCCUCAUGAGCAGGAUCUUCACCUACGACCCUAGCACAGACGUCUGGGAGGAGGCAGCUGUCCUCCCCAGCCCCGUGGAGAGCUGUGGCGUGACUGUGUGUGACGGGAAGGUCCACGUCGUUGGCGGGAGGGAUGACCACGGGGAAAGCACCGACAGGGUCUUCACCUUCGACCCCAGCAGUGGGCAGGUGGAGGCCCAGCCGUCCCUGCAGCGCUGCACCAGCUCCCAUGGCUGCGUCACCAUCGUCCAGAGCCUGGGCAGGUGA